AUGAGCAAAAUUUUGUUUGUAGAUUUCUGUACGGUAUUGGAGAGAAUAAACCAGACCACUAAGCGCUUGGAGAUCCAAUCAAUACUUACGGAUUACCUGAAGGAUGUGCAUAAAAUCGAUCCUCCUUCUUUGGCUCCAGUUCUGUACCUGUUUACAGCAACAGUGUAUCCAGAAUACUUCAAUAAGGAACUGGGAGUGGGAGAGAAUACUUUAAUAAAUGUUGUUGCUGAGCUCACAGGAAAGUCUGCCAAAAAUGUUAAAAAGGAAUAUUCAAAGGAAGGAGAUCUGGGGACUAUAGCAAUGAAGUGUAGAGUAUCGCAAUUGUUUGUGUUGAAGACACAGCUGGAAGUAAUGGAUGUGUUUCUUGGAAUGAGAAAGGUGGCAAACGAGGGGGGACAGAAAUCCUCUGCAUCCAAGAAGAGAAUCAUCCUCGGAAUGAUGGUUAAAUGCUCUCCAUUAGAGUCGAAAUAUCUGAUAAGGUUAAUUGAGGGAAGACUUAAAGUAGGACUGGCACUUAAAACUGUACUGAUAAGUCUUGCAAAUGCUUUUUCUAGUGACAAGGCCGACGAAGUCAAGGCAGCUUUCAAUAGACAACCGGACAUAGGGAGAUUGGCCGAAUGUAUUCUUGAAUACGGAGUAGAAGGGCUUCCAACCAAGUUCCAGGUUUCUCCGGGAGUUCCUCUGAAGCCCAUGUUGGCAAAUCCUUCAAAAGACCUGACAUCAGCUUUCAAAAAGGUUGAAAACAAGAACUUUACUUGCGAGUACAAAUACGAUGGAGAAAGGAUCCAGAUCCAUAAGUUCGGAAAUAGGAUAGAAACUUUUAGUAGAAAUUCCGAGAAGACCACAGAAAAGUAUCCGGAUUUAAUGGAUCUCUACAAUAUAUCGGAUAGAGAUUUCAUUAUUGACGGAGAGAUUGUUGCAUAUGAUAGAAAAGAGAGAAAAAUUCUUCCGUUCCAAAUACUAACAACAAGAAAGAGAAAAAGGGUGGAGAGCAGUAAAAUAGAUGUUCAGGUGUGUGUUUUUGGAUUUGAUCUAAUAUACUUUGAUGGGAAAACUUAUAUUGACGAGCCAUUUGAAGAAAGGAGGAAGAUUUUGCACAGCUCAUUCAAGGAGAUGGACGGGAAGUUUCAGUUUACAGAGUUUAAAGAUUGCGAGACUCCAGAAGAGUCCGAGAUGUUCUUUAAUGAGUCUGUCGAAAAGGGCUUUGAGGGGAUGAUGAUAAAGAUAUUAGGGUCGGAUGCAACCUAUCUUCCAUCACAGAGAAGUAACAAAUGGAUAAAGAUAAAGAAGGAUUACCUUGAGGGAAUGUCGGAUUCGUUGGAUCUGGUUGUGAUGGGAGCAUAUUAUGGAAAGGGAAAGAGAGCUGGAUUCUAUGGAGGAUUCCUACUUGGAGUCUACAAUGACGAAGAAGAGAAGUUUGAGGCAUUGUGCAAGAUAGGGACGGGAUUUGAUGACAAUAUUCUAUCGAGGCUUUAUGAACAGCUAAGUAGUAAUCUGUGCAGUGCACCAAAGAACUACUCAUACAAGGAGUCUGUUAAGCCGGAUGUGUGGGUAGAAGCCAAAUAUGUGUGGGAGGUCAAGGCAGCCGGACUUUCUCUGUCGCCCAUAUACAAUGCUGGGGGUAAUAGAAAUGAAAAGGGAAUAUCGCUAAGGUUCCCCAGGUUCUUAAGAGAAAGAGAGGAUAAAGAUGUGAAAGAAGUGACCACAUCUUCCCAGAUUUAUCAGAUGUACUUAGACUCUAAGGUUGAGAAUUCCGAAGAGUUCUACUAA